GGCAGCGCCUUUUUGGGCUGCGCUAGGUCCUAGCAUCGCUCGGCCUGGCCGCAGAAAUUAUUUUUGACAUCUCAGCACUGCUGAGAAGCGCUCUCAGAAAAAGCGCACCGUGCCGCUGGCCAGCAGUCCAGCCUUUGCCAGGGUGACCCCCAACCAUGCUGGACGCGUGGGAGCGUGAUAGUGACGACGACGAAUCUGAUGAUGGUUUUGUCAUCGACACCGCGCCGCCGCCGCCGGCCGCGCCAGCACCAGCGGUAGCCGCGCCGGCCGCGCCGGCCGCAGCCACAGUACCGGAGGACGGCUUCGUGAUAGACACGGCGCCGCCCGCAUUACCGCCUGCGCCGGCGCCGGCGCCGGCGCCCGCGCCCGCGCCCGCGCCCGCGCCGGCACUCGCCGCCAAGCGCCGCGCAUCUCCAAAACCGCCCGAGGCGCGCGUCUGCCAGUUCUUUUUACAUGGUACGUGCCGCUUUGGACGGAGCUGUUCCCAAAAACACGAGCGGCCCGUCUGUUCUUAUUUUUUGCAGGGCUACUGCUCGCGCGGCGCGUCGUGCGUUUAUAGACAUGAAUCCCAGGAGGACCAAGUGACGAAGAUGCUCGCGGCGGCGGCCAAGAAGGCCGCCGCUGCUACGAAAGAGCCGGACAAGUUCAGUUCCUUAUGUCCGCCGGAGCAGGCCGCGAAACCAUUAGCGCGCAAGCCGCCGCCUCCUUUGGAAGUCGAGGCCGUCGGGCGGGCCGGCGAGAAGAAGACACGAGGAGCUGCCGUCGGAAGUGCGGACCCGUCGGUCGCGUCGCCGCAAGCUUUGAGUGCGUUGUCGAAGCUCGCGCCGGCCGCCGAGACGGUUGCCGAGACGACGCUCCCGCCGGCGCGGACGCCGGUCACGGGCCCCGUAGCUUCCGCGUUCUGCGACGCGCUGCGCACCUGGAUCCUCGGCCAAGGCGUCACGGAGGUCUCCGCCGGCGCGCUCCAAGGGUUCCACAAGAGUCACCCGCAGUUCAAGGACGUACGCUUCGCCGGAGGAUCGGGCGGCAACAAGAACAUCCGCUUCGCGGUCGAGGCGUCGUCCGUGCUGCGCUGGGUCCCGAAAGAAGAGGUUCAAAAGACCUCAAAGGACUUUCACGCGCGCAUCGAGGUGAUCGAUGGCGAGCCCGUCGUCGCGCCGGCGCCGGCGCCACAAGCCCCGACGCCGGUCGCGGAGGCGCAGCACGUGCCGCGGACGCCGUGCGAUGGCCCCGUCGCCGCGGCCUUCUGCGACGCGCUACGACAGUGGAUCCUUGGCCAGAACCGGACGGCGGUCGACACAACCGAGAUGGGAGGGCUCACCCAGUUCUAUGCGGCCCACGCCCAGUUCCAGGACGUCCGCUUCUGCGACGGGAACCGCGACUCGAGGAGGCCAGGGAAACGGGUCAGUCUCGCUGUCGAGGCCUCGUCGGUCCUACGCUGGGUCCCGGUCGGCCAGGGCAACGCGCGCAUCGAGGUCGUCGCCGAGGGCGCGCCGCCCGCGGCCGCGGCCGCGCCGUGGCCCCCGCGGGCGCCUUGCGACGGACCCGUCGCCGCGGCCUUCUGCGGCGCGUUACGACAGUGGAUCCUCUCCCAGAAUUUGACGGCGGUCGCCAGCAACGAGAUCAUGCAGUUCUACGAGGCCUACCCUCAAUUCAAGACCGCCCGCUUUUGCGAGGAGGGCGGCGAUCCAGCAAAAGGUGGACACAAGCGGCGACUCAAAAUUGUUGUAGACGCCUCGUCGGUCCUGCGCUGGGUCCCGGUCGGCCAGGGUAUUGGCGAGAGCCUCGAUGGCGUCGGGCGCAUCGAGGUCGUCGCCGCGGGCGCGCCGCCCGCGGCUGCGGCGCCACCAGCGGCCGCGGCGACGACGCCGGCCGCGCCGCCGCCGCCGCCCGCGACCCACGCCGGGGCGCCGGCCUACCAGUCACAAACCCACCUCCUCGCGGCCUUGCACGCCUGGAUCGUCGGCCGGAACUUACGAGACAUCGGCGUGGGGGACCUCUCGCAGUUUUACCAGGCGCACCCCCAGUUCGGGUUGAAGAACUGGCCCGGCGGCGGCGUGCGGAAGGCGUUGGAUGGUUGCCCCAAUUUACGGUGGAUUGAAGGUGAUGGUAAUGUGCCGGGCACGGUGUCUACCGCUAGGAUCGCCGUCGUCGACACGUGGGGGCGACUUACGGUACAGAACGAAGCCCCGCCCCUAGCGCCCGGCGAGGUCCGCGUCUAUGAUUCAACGCCUACGGCGCAGACGUUCUUCGACGCUCUGAGACAAUGGAUGCGCGCCAAAAGUGUCUCGUCGUUAGACGUCUCUGGUGAUUUGUCGCAGUUCUACGACUUCCAUCCGCAUCUACGAGGUGUUAUUCUCAAUCAGGGGUCUCCCAGAUCAGCUACUACGAGGGGUAGCGGCUUGAAACAAGCUCUAGAGCAAUGCAAUGAACUAAGGUGGAUCGACGGCAAUAGGUGGUCGAAGGAGCCCGCUCGAAUCAUGCUGAAAGGUGUCCAAGACACGAGGACGACGCCCCAAGCCUACGUCGACGCGUUGCGAUCUUGGCUCCUAGAACGUAACACGUUCUGCGACGUCCUCGUCAGUCAACUCCAUCCGUUUUAUGAUGCUUAUCCCCACUUCCGGGGCCAGGCCAAGAAGGAGUCGAAGAAGAAGCGGUGCAUCGAGGGUUCUUCAGUGUUAGCGUGGCACGAGGGCGCGUUCACGACGAUCGCAUUAGUCGAUAGUACGUUACCGCAUACACCACCCCCGGAACCGAAAAAGGGCGGUGUCGUCAUGGACGUCGCCGCGGGUCAGCUGCCGAACGCCAAGGACGAGAAAGCCCUCGUGAGUGCUCUACGGUCGUGGAUCGCGUCGCAAGGCGUGAGGGAUAUCUCGGUCGGCGACCUAGGAAAGUUCUUCGACGCUCAUGAAGCCUUCAAGCUCAAGAAGUGGCCCGGCGGCGGCAUCAAGAAGGCCGUGAAAAAUAGUGGAGAGUUGCUCAAGUGGUAUAAAGCGACUGCUGCGUCUCCAGCUCCGAGAAUAGGCCUUGGUGAUACUGCGAUACCGUCCAUAACCUCAACAGAUCUGUGCGACUCCUUGAAACAGUGGCUUCUCUCCACAAACCGGUCCCAGGUGAACAUGAGCGAGCUCCUGAAAUUCUACGAGUGCUAUCCGCAGUUCAAAAAUGUAAGGUUCGAUACGGAGACCGGCGUGCUCAUAGACAAGACCGAGGGCAAGGGCUCGGGGAUUAAGAAGUGCCUCGAAGGGUAUACUUCCCUCCGAUGGUGUCCUGAUCAAGGACAUGGCGCUCGGAUAGAGUUGGUGCGGAAUCCCGUGGAGCAUGAUUUAGUGAGAGCUCUCCAUGCUUGGUUACUGUCGCAUGAUAAGACGGAGAUCGGCGCGGAUGAAUUGGAGCCCUUCUGGGCGACACGCGACGAUAAACCGUCCGGUCCAGAGUUAAAAAAGCUCUGCGAGAACAGCUCGUUACUGACGUGGGUUUCGGAUGAAACGAUGCGCAUCUCAAUUAAUGUACCCGUAGCUUCGGAUAGUCGGGGCUACCUGAUGCACUGUGACGACCGGACGGAGUCGGAGUGUUUACGACGAUCGUUGUUGGGGUGUGGGAGACAUGUUUUGAAGUCGACGAAGGGCUCGCAACUGCAGAACAUCAAGUCCGGCGAUCGCAUGUACCUCUACAACAUCCGACAGGGCAAAGUACGGGGCCCGUUCAUCGCGAUCGGCGAGGCCGGUUUGAAUCUCGUGGACGGGGCCUUUGGUGGACAUUUCGACUUCCACGUGAGGGUGGCCAAGCCGGGAAGCACGCCGCCGGUCGUCUGGGCCCACGGUAUUGGGGAGCGGAAGCCGCCGAUCGGGCCGUGGGAGCCGCCCUUCGCGCCGGUGCCGCAGUCGGAUCGGCCGCGCACGCCCCGGUCGUCGGUCUCGCCGCGGGGCCGCGGUCUUAAUAAUACGCGGCCGGCCUGGCUCGACAAGCGCACGCCGGCCUGGCUCCAGGCCGAGGCGCCGCAGGCGCCCCGCGGCCCGAAGGGCUACGACCCCCGCCUCGACGUGCCUCCGCCCGGCGCGCCGGCGCCCGCGCCCUGGACCGACGGGCCGCCGCAGCACCCGGGCGCGCCGGCGCCGGCGCCCUGGACCGACGGGCCGCCGCAGCCUGCAAUGGGCCGCGGCCGCGGCGUGGACAACCGGCCGGCCUGGCUCAAGGAGCAGGCGGCGCCCGUCGCGCCGUCGCCCGCGGAGUACGCCGGUGACGCCUACGGCACCGUACAAUGGGACGAGAAGAACCCCGACGGUCGGCCCGUCCGGCCGCGCGGCGCCGCGCGGUCGCCCGCCGAAUAUGCGGGAGACGCCUACGGCGCGCCGAAGAACCCCGAUAGUCGAGUGGUAAGGCCGCGCGGCGCCGCGCGGUCGACGCGCUUCGACGAGCCGCCGCCGCUGCCCGUCAAUGCAGAACCGCCGCACGGCUUGUCGCGGCCGCCGCCGCCGCAGUUCGCGCCGCCGCCACAACCGCAGCAGCGCGGCGCCUGGCACGCCGUCGACGCGUCCGUGCCAGGCGCCGCGCCCUACCGGCCGCCGCCGACGCCGCCGACCUUCUCCGACGCGAUCCGCGCCGCGGCCACGACGGGGCGCCUGGCGACGGGCGCGCCCCAGACCUACCGCCCGACGCCCCAGCAGCAGUGGUACGCCCAGACCCAGCAACCGCCGCCGCUGUGGAGCCUCGGCGACCCCCUCGCGGCCCCGGAUCCCAAUGCACCGGCGCCUCUUGUCAGACCCGACCAGGCCCGGGGCACGCUCGGCGCGCGCAUCGCAAAGGAGAGGCAGCAUCGUCCGGAGAUGACGAUGGGCGCGCGCAUCCAGGCCGAGACGCGGCGCCCGGACCUCGUGCCGAUCCGCGACCAGCUGGGCGCCACGGCCGACGACCCGGCCUGGAUGCGUGCGCCGCCGCCGCCCGUGCCUCAACAAGGAUCCUACGCGGCGCCGGCGCCGGCUCCCGCCUGGCCGCCCGCGCCGCCCGUGCAGGCGCCGUAUGGGCACGCGGCGCCGCGGCCCUAUGGGCACGCGGCCGCCAGCACCUACGCGCCGCCGGGGCUGUGGACCGCGCCGCCGGCGCCGCCGACGCCCUUGGCGCCGCUGGCACCUUACUCCAACACCCAGCGCGCGGGCUACGACACGCGCGCGCCGUGGCCGCCCGCCGCGCCGGCGCCCGUUGCGCCGCCCGCGCCGAAGCCGGCACCGGCGCCGGAGCCCGUCGCGCCGUCCCCGCUCGCCGCCGCGGCGACGGCGGCCGCGGCCGCCGCGCGCGCGGAGGCUUCGCUGGCGCGGGCGCGGCCGAGCUCACCCGAGCCGGCGGCGCCGCCCCCAGCUCUGACGCCGCCCCCAGCACCGACGCCGCCGCCGGCCGCCGACGCGGCGCCGGCCGCCGAGGACCCCGCGGCCUUCGACGAGGCAGCCGCGACGAAGGCGGCCAAGAAGUUGAAGGUCGUCGAGCUGCGCGCCGCGCUCGAGGCCGCGGGCGCGGACACGAAGGGCCUGAAGGCGGCGCUCGUCGAGCGCCUCGUCGGCGUGCGGCGCGCGGCGGCGGCCGGCGGCCGGAUCCUCGCGCGGCGCGCGGCCGCGGCCGCGGCGCCGGCGCCGGCACCCGUCGAGGCACCGGCACCGGCCCAGGCGCCGCCGCCACCGGCGCCGGCCCCGACGGCCCUGGCUCAGGUCCUCGAGACGGACACGCCCCGAAAUCCACCGUCGCUUGUCGACGUUCUGGCCCCGGCACCCGCAGCACCUACGAGGCAGGUCACAACAUCGGACGACGGCGACAAGGAGCUGGAAACGGCGGCCCAGGCCUGGCAGAACCAGCGGCCGUCGCCCUACGCUCUGCUCGGUCUUCGUGCUUCGAAAAAACACUCGGACGAAAGGGUCAAGGAGGCCUUUCUGAAAGUGGCGGCGACGUGCCACCCGUCCUUGGGCCAGGGCGACGCUAGAUUUGUUGCUGUUUCCAAAGCUUAUUCACAGAUAAAAGAUAAAGCGGCGAGGGAGGCCCACGACAAAUCGGAAACAAAAAGGAAGGACGAGGAACGCCAGAAGCGACACGCCGCCGGCGAUUUCAAGAGACAACGCUCGAAAGCACCGGCUCCUUUGACUCAAGCCCAAGCAUCUUAUGUGGAGCGCCUGCGGAAGAUGAUGAAAAAAGAGGGGUUGAGGUGGCUCCCUCAUAGAGACGUACCACAAUCAACCACAGACUACCUCUCAUCAAUACAGCAGGGCGUGCCGGCCUGGGUGUCGGCGCGCGCGGCCAUCAACGCCCAGAACUCUGAUUUGAGGUGGGUCGGGGACGGCCCGGGAGGUGUCAUCCUCGAAGGUUCGUCCGGAGGCGUCCCGGCCGAGACGGCCCAGAGGGAGUUGGUGGAAGAUCUACAUGCCUGGUUACUGGCCAUCGAGGCGGCGGAGCGGAGUUGUAGCGCUCUGCAGCCUUUUUACGACCUGUUUCCUCACCACGCGUUUUUGAAUGUCAAUCUCGAGAGCGCCGUGAAAAGUGACCGUAGGUUGGUGUGGCGGCCCGGGACCUCGGAGUACCAAGGUAUACCUAGGAUUGGCGUGGCGUUGCAGGACAUCGAGAGCGAUCGGAGGCACAAGCACCGGUGCGACGGAGAACUGGCGGCGAACGCCGUUUCUGAUGCCAUCGUCGCCAAACGGGUCCCAGGGUUCAUGGAGGCGUUCCGGCGGUUCGUCUACGAGUCAAGAGGUAGGGAGGCUAGAACAGGUGACAUAUCUCGCUUCUACGACUGGUUGCCCGAUAGAACUGCGACGAAGCCGUUCCCCCAGGACGACGUGCGGACCAUGGCCUGGAUUCAAAGGCAUGCGCAUACUACUGAUUUGAGGUGCGACCGGGACGUCGUCUGGCUGCCGGAGCACGCUCCUGCUAUUUUGAGCAAAGAUACGCGUCUGGUGUGUGUCGCGUCGGUGGGCAACGCGCUCGUGGACGCCUUUUAUGACUACUUGUUGAAGAAUAAACUACGGUUCAUUUCGGAUAAAGAUGCCUUCGAACAGAACGUCGCGGAUGUUACUGAGGGCGGGAAAUGUAAUCAACAUAGAGUCACGGAGAAGAUUAGGAGAAGUGUGAUACAACAACGGGGCCCGCCGAAAAUCCAGUGGGUCGGCUACGACGGCGGCGGGAAAGCUGUUCUCGUGUGGCGGCCUGCGAAUGGUGUGGUCAAGCGUUCUUCUGGAUGCGUGGCCGUCGGCGUUGCAGGUGGUGUGGCCGUCUCGGCGAACAGCGUCGUGCCCAAAAACCUGUUCUGCGCGGACCUCUACGCGUGGGUCGUCUACCGGAACGCGUCGGUCUCGAUGGAUGAUUUUGAUGCGUUUGUGAAAGCCUUCCCGUACCAUCGCGCGCCCAAGUCCAAGCGGGAGCUCGACGAGUGGAUCCGUGGCGCGCGCUGUGUCCGAGCCCUCCGGAUGCUGGGCGACCGCGUCGAGCUGUGCGAGCGGCCGGCGGCGGCCGUGGCGGCCGUCUGCCGCGCGCGCUGCGACGCGGCCGUGGCUUCGGCCGCGAUUCACGCGGCGCUGCACCCGACGGCGAGCGCUCCGGCGCCCGCCCCGGCGCCGACGCGGCCGGCGCCCGUGGCGGUGUCCGCGCCGGCGCCCGCGCCGGCCCCGACGUCGGCGACGAAGCGCCCGGCGCCCGCGCCCGCGCCCGCCUCGGCGGUGAAGCGGUCGGCGCCUCUGGACCCGGCGGCGCCGAAGCGCCCGGCGACGCCGUCGACGAGCUCCGCCGCCGCCGCCCCCGCAGGUGUCGUGACGGCCGAGGCCUUCUUCGCGGCGCUGCGCGACUGGAUCGUAAAGGAAGACGGCCGGACGAGCGUUGAAAUGAAGGAGCUCGACGCUUUUCGGGCGGCGUCGCCGCGUUUUAAGGAUGUGGGCUUCGACAACCGGGGCCGCCUCAUUGCGGGCGCGGACGGCCCACACGGGCUCAAGAAGGCGCUGCGGGCGACGACGCUGCUCACGUGGGUCAACGGGGACCCGCCGCGCGUGGCGCUGCCCUUCAGCGCCUCGCCGCGCGCCGCGCCGGCGGCGACGACGUCGCCGCGCGCGGCGCCGGCCGCCAAGCGGCCGGCUCCCGCGCCGGCGCCCGCCUCGGGCACGAAGCGGCCGGCCGCGGCCGCGCCGGAGUCGGCCGCCAAGCGGCCGGCUCCCGCGCCCGCGCCGGCCGCGGCGCCCGCCUCGGGCACGAAACGGCCAGCGCCCGCCGCUUCGGCGGACGUGCCGGCGCUGAGCGCCGAGGAGGCGAAGCGCGCCGACGCCUUCCUCGCGGCCCUGAAGCGGAAGCUCCAGCCCUGCACGAAGGGUGCGAUGGAGCUCGAUGAGCUCGACAAGUGGUUUCGGACGAACGGUCGCGUGCUGUGGCCGAAGGGCGCCGAGGCGCCUCCGGACUUUGACAUGGAGGCCUGGCUGCGGGCCCACGGCUCGCGCGCGGGCAUCGUCGUUUUUACCCGGCAGGGUCUGAAGCGGGAGAUACUCAUGGUGAAGAUCGAGCAGUGGGUCAAGCCGGCGAAGAAGCAGAAGACCGCGGCGCCGAAGCCGUCGGCGAAGAAGAAGGGCGCCGUGAUGAAGAAGAAGCGCGCGCGCGAGGCGGGUACCGAGGCGGGUUCGAAGCGGAAGAAGGGCGGAUCGGACGACUUCAUCCCCAUGUGA